AUGGUGAUUUGUGAUGGAUUCAAGAAUGGUGAAGUAACUUAUGUGGUGGAUGCAUAUGUCUCAAGGGGAAUGUCUGAUAUUUUCAAUGGAAAACUGAUGAUUACUUCCUCAGGUAGGUCAGAUUCCAUAGCAAGAGCACGACCAUUUCUCUCCGCAAUGUGUGAAAAGCUUUAUAUAUGUGAAGGUGAAGUUGGUGCUGGAAGCAAAGUCAAGUUGGUCAAUGAGCUGCUUGAGGGGAUUCAUCUUGUUGCUUCUGUAGAGGCUAUAUCUCUUGGUACUAGUGCUGGGAUUCACCCAUGGAUACUCUAUGAUAUCAUUUCCCAUGCUGCUGGAAAUUCAUGGGUUUUCAAGAAUCAUGUUCCACUAUUGCUGCGCAGUGAUGCAAAACAUAAUUUCUUGAAUGCUUUUGUUCAGAAUUUGGGCAUUACUUUGGACAUGGCCAAGUCUCUUAUAUUUCCAGUUCCAAUGUUGGCAGUUGCCCAUCAACAACUCAUGCUUGGUUCUUUGCAUGUCCAUGGAGAUGAUCAAGCUACCCCUUUGGUUAAGGUUUGUCUAUAG